AUGAGCGAUGAGACUCGGUUCCUUGCCCAGGAUUUUGAGGCUACCGAUUGUACCAAGAAGAUGCUGUUGGUCAACAAGCAAGGAAACGAGCUUUCAGUCUUUGUGACUGAUUCCAGUGAGGCGUCUGCGGGAAUUGUAGAUGUCACGACGCGUAGUAAUCCGUGGCGCACUGAGAAGGUCACUGGAAGUAUCCAACUCCCUGCGUACGCUGUUGUCAUCUUGAGUGAGGCCUAA